AGUAGUAGCAUUACAGAUACAGUAAAAUAUUUAAAAACAUUUAACUCUAUUUUACGUAGUCUAUGCUUGACUCUAUGUAGUAUUGUCUAUGCUAUAAUACUACCAAGUACGAAUGCUAAAACAAUGUGACGAAUGCCAUACAUUUCAAAUGCACUUUGAAAUAAUAACAUUUAGGAUACACGAUUCAAUUCUACCAGACACAAAUAAAAAUGGUGGUUCUGUAGUUUUAGAUUGGUCCAAGAAAACAAUUUCUGCAACUUGGAGUAUAAUAUUAAUGAUAACUGAAGCUUUAUAAAGUGAAAAACGUUUUCAUGGUCAUAAAAAUUGCAGAAGUUCAACGGGUGCGAUUACGUGGUGUGUUAACAAAAGUCGUGUUUGACAAAUAACAGGUUGUUGGAGACACCGAUUUCGCUGCACUUUUAUAUGGUGUUAUUUUUAUCUGUAAUGCGAUUAUUUUAUUUGCAUUAACGUGUGCUUACCAGUGGCUAAUUCGUCCUUUGAAGCGUUUACCGAGGAGCUACACUCUAGAAACAAGAAGAGAGUUCCAAGAGACCAUUCCAAUCAGCAUGUGACCCAAAUCUAAGAUUUCUCUUCUUUGUGUUCUACGGGUCCGAGCAUUUUACAAACUGAGAAGCACCAGGAGAUCAGACAAAGCGUAGCAACGCCGCACGAGGCCAGUAUUUGUCGGGAUAUGACAUUUUAUGGACCUGUCACGGUUGAGUUCAGCUCUCUGGGGGUCAGGUGCACUAGACCCGCUUUUCAGCAAUAUUGUCUAAAUAUAACAUAAAUGCACGCUCCGACUUUACUGCAGUCAACCUUUUUGCGAUAAUAAGUGCUCAUACCAGGAAAAUAAAUACCUUGUGUUGUUUGAAUGCCCAUUCUCAUGUUUGUGUGUGCUCAACAAGUGUACAGUGGAAGUGCAACAUGAGGAUCAAGGAUUCACCGCUGACAUCAAGCUGCCAGCAUUAGGAUGCCACAGGAUGGCUCACGCAGAAAAUCACAGAUACAUUGUGCAGGUGUUUGUGGGUGCACUCUCAGCACAAUAUGAGGCUCUGUCAGUAGAAGCGUCCAAACAGACCAGCUCCGAUGAGAUAGUUUGUUGCAUUGCUGACAAACUAAACCUAAACAAUGGCUCGGGAGGACCAUUUGAACUGGCAGAGGUGGUGGGAGACGUGGUCAGCGGCGAGUGCAAGGAGCGCCGGCUCGGGCCUAACGAGUCGCCCGUGGCCGUCAUGCUGCUGUGGCCCAACAGCACCUCCGGACAGUACUAUAGGUUCUACCUGCGUGAGAAAAUACCAGACGAACCGUGGAUGGAGAACUUUUCGGUCGACCCGCAGCUAAUAAAAGACUACUUCCAGAGGUUUCUGUAUCAGCCGAAAGACCGUGAAUAUCCAGACCUAUGCCAGCUACCGGAACUAAAUGAACAGACGCUAUUGGACAACUUGAGAGCGAGAUUCGCGGCCGGAUACAUUUACACAUAUGUCGGUUCUAUAUUAAUAGCUCUGAACCCUUUCAAAUUCUAUCCUAUCUACAACCCGAAGUAUGUGAAGCUAUACCAGAAUAAGAGGAUAGGGUCGAGUCUUCCGCCGCACAUAUUCGCGGUCGCCGACGCAGCUUACCAUCAUAUGGUCCGCGAGAGAAACAACCAGUGCAUAGUGAUCAGUGGCGAAAGUGGUUCCGGGAAAACAGAGAGCACGAAUUUCCUGCUGCAUCAUUUGACGGCGCUCAGUCAGAAGGGUUCGCACGGUAGCGGCGUCGAACAAACGAUACUAAGCGCGGGGCCGGUGUUAGAAGCGUUCGGAAACGCGAAGACUGCCCACAACAACAACUCCAGUCGUUUCGGGAAGUUCAUCCAAGUGAAUUACAAGGAGAAUGGCAUGGUUCACGGUGCCGUCGUGCAAAAGUAUCUGCUGGAGAAGUCGAGGAUAUGCAGUCAGGGGCGCAACGAGCGGAACUACCAUGUGUUUUACUACUUGUUGGCGGGUGCUUCGGAGCAGGAGAGGGAGCAACUGCAUUUGCUCAGUGUGGACAAGUACCACUACUUGUCGCGCACGGGCUGCAGCGUGGUGCCGGGUGUGGACGAGCAGUACGAGUUCUCGCGGCUCAAGCAGUCCAUGGAGAUGGUUGGCUUCACCCUGGACAAGCAGCGGAGGCUUUUCGCUGUCCUGUCUGCGGUUCUACUUCUAGGCAACGUCGAGUUCCAACCUCAACGGAAAUCAUAUCACCACGACGAGGCGGUGGGCGUGCGCAAUCCCGAGGUCGUGUCGCUCAUUUCGUCGCUGCUGCGCGUCAAGCAGGAGACGCUGCUGGCCGCGCUUACGUCCAAGCGCGCGCGCGCCUCGGGCGAGACACUAGUUAUCAACUACAGAAUGGGGGAAGCUAUAGCGACUCGCGAUGCAAUGGCCAAGUGCCUGUACGGCGCGCUGUUCGACUGGAUCGUCAUGCAGGUCAACCACGCGCUGCUCUCCAAGAAGGAUACGCUGCGGGACCACCAGGGCCACAGCAUCGGCGUGCUGGACAUAUUCGGUUUCGAAGACUUCGGCCCCAGUAACAGCUUCGAGCAGCUCUGCAUCAACUACGCGAACGAGCACCUGCAGUACUACUUCAACCAGCACGUGUUCAAGUACGAGCAGGAGGAGUACCGGCGCGAGGGAAUCCGGUGGACGGACAUCGGCUUCUCGGACAACACGGGCUGCCUGCAGCUCAUCGAGGGCAAGCCGGGCGGCCUGCUGUGCGUGCUGGACGACCAGUGCAAUUUCCCCUGGGCGACGAACGACACGCUACUGCAAAAGUUCAACUCCGUGCACGAAGACAACCCGUUCUAUGAGAAGCCGCAGCGGCGGGAACCGGCGUUCGUAGUGCGGCAUUACGCCGGCAGAGUUAAAUACCAGGCGACAGCGAUGCGCGAAAAGAACUUGGAUUUAAUGCGGCAGGAUAUCGUGAGCGUGUUAAAGAACUCAUCCCUCGCGUUCGUUCGUGAGCUGGUCGGUGUGGACCCGGUCGCCGUGUUCCGAUGGGCCAUCGUUCGUGCCUUUUUCAGAGGGUACUUCGCGUUUAUGGAGGCGGGGCGUCGGCACCGCGGGCUGCGCGGCGACGGCGUCGCGCGCGCGCGCGGCUCGCUGCACCACAACGACGGCCUGCUGGGAAGCAACCUCACGUCACUCGAGGCGGGGAAGCACAGGCGAGACUCGCGGCCGCGCGGCUCGCUCGCCUCCUCUGACCUUCUGGGGACGCCGCGCGCGGCCGCCGUCGCUCGCGCCGAGCCUCCGCCGAGACUCGGGGGGAAAGGGACAAAACAUUACAGACUCGCCGAAACCCGUACGCGCCGCCUCGAGCGCGAGCGGGACGAGCGCACGUUUGACGACACCGACGUCAUGCAGCGCGCCAGCCAGAUCGUUAUGAAAUACAAGUCGUUCAGGCCGCGCGAGCGCGCCAAGAAGGGGCUCAAGAACCUGCAGUCCGUGAAGACGGUCGCGGGCCGCACGGCCGCGCUGGCCGGCAAGCGCAAGCAGCCGCUCACCGUGGCCGCGCAGUUCCAGCACUCGCUCGCCGCGCUCAUGGAGACGCUCAACCAGGCCAACCCCUUCUUCAUCAGAUGCAUAAAGUCAAACAGCGACAAAGUCCCAAACGUGUUCGACGAGGAAACCGUCCAGCGUCAACUUCGAUACACGGGCAUGCUGGAGACGGUCCGGAUCCGGCAGGCCGGAUACAACGUCCGGCUCACCUAUGAGGAGUUCAUACAAUUGUACCGGAUACUGCUGCCGAAGGGGCUGCUCAGCUCGCAGAUUGAUGUUAGGCAUUUUCUGGCCAAGUUGAACUUGGAUAGGGAUAAUUAUCAGCUCGGCGCGACCAAGAUCUUCAUGCGCGAGAGCGAGCAGACGAAGCUGGAGUACAAGCUGCACCAGCAGAUCAUGGCGUCCAUCAUCACCAUCCAGCGCUGGUUCCGCGCCGUGCUGGAGCGCCACCGCUUCCUCGCGCUGCGCCGCGCCAGCCUACUCAUCCAGGGCGCCUGCAGACAAUGGCUCCAAGCGCGGCACGAGGCCGCGACGAAGGUGCAAGCGUUCUUCCGCGGCAGCCUCGUGCGGCGCUGGUACGUGCGGCUGCGCGGCGCCGUGGUGGCGUUCCAGGCCGCCUCGCGCGGCUACCUGCUGCGCCGGCGCCUGCCCGCGCCCAAGCCCAAGAUAAAUGAAAUUCAUACGAAACAUGACAGAAAAGCGCCAAUCGUGUCGGAGACCGACGGCUUCAGCAAACGGCAAAGCAUCGACCAAAUUAGGAAUAUUAUUGAUUUACAAUUGAACAGGCUAAUACAGGAAGAGGCGGAGAGAAAAGAAACAAGAGAAAAACUAAGAGUGACGCAAUCACUGCCCAUUCCGAGUUUGGAGAAAAAGCGCGAGAUCCUAAUCACAGACGCUACUACCACACAAGUGACUUACGGAAAGCGAAGAGUCUCCAAAACGCAGAAUAUCACAGAGCAGCCGUUAAAACAAAGUAACUCGAGCGUCAACCAGUCGGAGGCGAACGAAUCGUCCCCAGAUGAGAGUUGGAGCGUGACCACGAACAAGUUUCCGCAGGGGGUCAUCCCUCCCAACAAGAUUACUCCCGAAGACCUGGCCAAUGAGCUCCUCUGGCUUAGGAUAGACCAGAAUUAUCUCAUGGCCGAAAAGAAUAAGAUUCGAGAAAGAGAAUUAGCAGAAUCGAUAGCGAGCAGUAGUGAAGAGUACCUGAGGCACGCCGGCGACUGGAGUCCCGCGGACAGCUCCGACACCAACAGGAGCGGGUCCAGCAGAGGUUCCCCGGCGGUGUACCAGCGCAGCCUGUCGAGCACGACGCUGGAGCCGCCGGCCGCGGCGCCGCGCGCGCUGCUCAGCCUGCCGCCCGUACGCCGCGAGCCCCGGGACCCCGCGAGAGCGCGCCAGCCCACACAGACUAAUGCGUGCGCGACGCUGACGCGGCCGGCGGGGGCGGAGGCGGCGCCCGGGCCGCCCGCAGUGCCCGCGCGCGCCGCGCGCCGCUCGCCGCGCCGCGCGCCCGACCUGCCCCAAGCUGACCACAACGACCACCACGACAUCAAGCGGGCGGCGUCAGAGAUGAUGGGUCCGCUGCUGGAGGCGCCCCCGCUGCGCGGCGAGGUGCGGCGCCGCAACUCCGACCCCGAGCCGCGCCCCGCCGACCCGCGCGACACAGACUACAUCGGCCAGACCACCAACGGCCUCUUCCGGAUCGCGGGGCACAGGUUUCGGAAAGGCACCCGGUUCGCGAAAGGCGACAAGUGCGUGUACUGCCACCAGGCGAUCGACGCGUUCGUGACGCAGGGCCAGCGCUGCAUCGACUGCAAGCAGCUGUACCACACCAAGUGCAUCCAGAACAAGGGAGUCAUUACCAUGCCCUGCUCCAGCCCCGUCGCCGCGCCCGGCCGGGGCAGGCACAAAUACAGGAAACCACACAUGGGCGCCGACCACAAGAGUUCGUCGAGCACGAACUUCAACCUCACCGGCACGUCCGAGUUCAUGGACCGGACGGACAAGAUCAUCUCGGACGCCAACGAGCUGCACGCCAUGCAGAACUUCAUCACCAAGAAGAUCUUCCAGAUGGAGUCGAGCGAGAAUGAGAAGCAAUCAGAGGUGGACAGGGUAUUCAAGCACGCGCUGCGCGAGUUCAAAGACAACCUGGUGGCGACGUACAGCGUGGUGGAGACGCGCGGCUCCGCGCUCAAGUACAAGGACCUGAUCGGGAACUUCCUGCACGUGAUGGAGACGGUGUGCGCGCGCGAGGGCUCCACGCUGUCCAUCACCAUGGGCGUCAACGCCUUCCGAGGGUUCAUGGACGAGUUCAUGAGCCAGCACGACGUAGACAAGGGCAGGACGAAGCGGAAAAAGGAUAAGAAGAGAAAAGUGGACGAUCCAAUACAGUACAAAGGGCAUACGUUUAUUCUCUCAAUGAUAAACAUUCCCACGGAGUGCGAGAUCUGCAAGACGUUCUUCAUGUGGCCCAUUGAACGGUCGCUGAUCUGCCAGACGUGUAGGCUGGCGUCGCACAAGAAGUGCUACAUGAAGGUGUUGCAGUGCCGCAAGGAGGCGGGCGCGGCGUCGGCCGCCAUCGUGGGCGCCGUGGACGCCGGCGGUCGAGAGCAGCUCGGCGUCUGCAAGCGGGGAAAGGUGUUCGGUGUCCCUCUAAGCGAAUUACCGACGGGCGACAGCAACAUCCCGAUAGUGGUGGACCGCCUCAUCACCACCAUCGAGAUGACCGGCCUCUACACCGAGGGGCUCUACAGGAAAAGCGGCCUCAGUUCCAAGGUGCGCGAGCUGCGGCGGCUGCUGGACGAGCGGCCCGAGGAGGGCGUGGAGCGGCUGGAGCUGUACGCGGUGCACGUGCGCGCCUCCGUGCUCAAGGGCUUCUUCCGCGACCUGCCCGAGCCGCUGCUCACCUUCGACCUCUACGACGACUUCAUCAUCGCGGCCGACAUCUCCGACCCCGCGGAACGAGUAUCCAGUAUAUUUACGAUUCUAAGAAAGCUACCCAAGCCUAAUUUCGACCUGGUGGAGAGGCUAAUAUUCCACUUGGCGAGGGUAGCUUUAGGGGAAGAAAAUAACAGGAUGGGCCCGAACGCGCUGGCGAUCGUGUUCGCGCCGUGCAUCCUGCGCACGCACAAGGUGCAGCCCGCGCAGGACUCGCUGCACGACAUCGCGCGCCAGACCGCCUGCCUCGAGGCCAUCCUGUCCGACAAGAUCCGCACCGUCCGCGGCAUGCUGCAAGACAUCGCGACGCUGGACACGGCGUGCCACACGGCCACGGACCGGCUGUCGUCGCUGCGGAGCGCGCAGCCCGACGAGCGCCGCGAGGAGCGCCUGCUCGUCGGGCACAUCUGCGAGAUACAGAAGGAGAAGGCCAUACUCACCUCCAACCUGCCCACGCUUAUCAGGGCGACGUCGGACGACGACCUGCUGUCGGCCACGGAGCAAGACGGCGAGUUCGGCAGCACGGACGACCUGAGCGGGCUGUCGGCGCGGUCGCAGCGGCUGCUGCAGCGCCAGCUGUCAUCAGACGACCCCAUCAUGGUGUAGCGGCCCGGCGCGCCGGACCC